CUGGUCAGUGGGGGCUCCCCCCACCCCCCGACCCAACCCCAUUCCAAUCCCACUUAUCUCGGAGCCCUCGCUGCAUCCUCGCGCUGUGCUGACCCCUGGUGACAGGGCGAGGGACACGUGGCCAACCGGGGUCUGGCCUUCACGAUGCUCGGAGUCCGGUGGGGCAAGGAGGGACGCAGGCCUGUCCUGACCCUCCCACCUUUGGGCAAGCUGGAGGGGGCGGCCAGGAGGAGGGAACGACAAGACACCAGCUUUGGGGCGGCACAGCCAGGUUUACCCCCUGCUCCCCCACUCCGAACCACGUGACCCCUGUGCACGGCUCUGGCUCUGUGUCCUGGUCUGUAAAAUGGGGUGAGGGUGAACCUGCCCAGACUGCGAGGGACUGAGAUGUUGGCGCAGAGGGUCGCGUCCCGCCAGGCACAGGACGGGACCAUGUGCUUCUUUCUCAUGUGGGUACCUGGGAGCCACCCGGAGUGUGUGAGGGAAGCGGUGGCCUGUCCAGACAGGUUGAGGAAGCCCAGCAGGGCAGCAUGGGCGGAGGGGACCCCUGGGCAGCCUCUCUGCUGACGGGCCAGUGUCUUUGCUGCGCUGGAGUUGCUUGGGCCUGAACCGUGAGCAUGGAUUGGCACAGACGCACGUACGUCUUCCAGACCACGAGGGUCAGGCAGGAGAGGUCUGGGGGUGGCUGGGACCCCAGGGCCGGACAUGGCGGAGCUCAGCAUCAGACAGUGGGUGCCUUGCCUCCUCCCCCCCCACCCCCAACUACUCUGGGGCCCAAGGAGGCAGUUCAGGGCCGCUGACCUGUGCCCAACCCUGGUUCUGUGCCAGAUGUCCAGGGUGACUCUGGGUAAGCCUCCUCUGCACAGAGAGGGGACAGCAACAUAUGCCCCUGAGCCUGAUCCCCAUAGGACCCCCCAUGCACCCCGAGUGUCCCCUCCUCUGGCCCGGUAGGACACUGUGCUAAGGUGGGGGCUCUGGGACCAACGGGAACGGGACAGCUCAGACUUGUUAAUCUUGAUCAGGCUCUGGAGGCCGUGAGCACGGUAGCCUACCUCAUGAAAGGGCCCCAGGCUGGCCUUCCACUGGCAGGUUUGCAUGCCCCAAAGGUGCCCCAAAGGACAAGGAGGAUCCGGGUGGCUUUGGCAGGGCUCCGUGACAGAGGCCAGGAGGGCCUUCCCAAAGGUUCCUGAGGAGGGAGAUAGCGACUGCCUGGGGACCGUGCCCGAGGAGGCCGGAAGGCCCCCAGGCUGGGGGUGCCCUCUUUCCCAGGCAGUGGGGAGGCUGAGCGCCUGGCCGGUGCCAGUGCGGCCCCCGGAGCAGCUCCCUCCAGCUUCCCGGCCGCGGCUCAGGCCCCCGAGCCGCCCAGGGCCUGGGGCGGCCACUCAGUACUCUCCCUGCAGCACACGGCCUCGCCUCCGCAGCCUCGGCAGCAUCCGGGGACGCCCGGAUGGGACACAGGCACCAGACGGCGCUGCUCAGGGGGAGGCUUCGUUUUUCCGGCAGCGGUCUGCCCCCGGACUGUGUGCGUGGGGUCAGUUUGCAAAGAGAUGCAUGUGCUCCCCGCUUCCCACGUGGCCUGGGCAGCGCGGUGGGGCAGCCGUGCGGGUGGGGGGGCGUCAAGAGGAAGAAGGAGCUGGAAGGGUCUCCCGCCUCGUCCCGCUGCCCAGGGCUCCUGGCUCUGCCUGGGUCUGUCCUGGAAGUUCCCCUCGUUCCCCGAGAGCUCCCAGCCCCCCUCACCCCCUCACCACCACCCCCCUGCCCUCUCACCCCCCCACCCCGCGCUCACUCGAAGUUCCUCUGAGCAUUGAGCACCUGCUGUGCGCUCUGGGCUGGGUGGUGGGGACAGACCAGGAACCCCAGGCAAGGUCCUGCUCCCCAGUGCUGACCCUGGUGGGGGGCUCUCCAGCAGGGACAACUUCUGGAAGCCUGUGGACCCCAGAUGCGGCCAGUGCCUUGUGCCCCUCAUGGCAGUCCUUCAAGGUGCCCACGGCGUGUGGCAGGCCAGCCCAGGGCACCCGCUCCCCAGCCGUACACGGUGGCUCUAGGCAACCCCCACCCCGUGCCCACCCCCCCCCACACCACCACAUGGAUAUUCUCUGGGCCCGGCUCCAGGUGGGCUGUGGUCUGGGGAAGCACCCUUCCAGGCCUCCAGGCCUCCAGGCCCCGCCGCCAGCCCGACCCGGCCCAGCCCAGCCAGGCUCUGGAGAGUAUCUCUGAGACCAGCCGCAGAGCUGCUGAGAACUGCCCUGUCUAUUCAUUACCAAACACAGGAAUCCGGGAGCCCGCGGAGCGUGAAAUUAGGAACAAAUGUGGAGGAGGUCUAGACAGGAACUCGGCGGCCGCUCUCGCUCAGGACCACGGGGCCCCUGGGCUUCCAGGUAGCAGGAGCGCUUUUGUAACCAGACAGACGUGUUUGUGCAGGAAAAGGCGGGCCGGCGCUCCAUAAGCCCUUGACGAGACAGCGGGACAGGGCGAAGCCUGCAGGGAGGCAGGACCCUCUGCUGGGCUCCCCUAGCCUCGGUUUCCCCAUCUGGAAGCGAGUGGCGACCUCAUCCCUUGGCUGGAAGGGCUGCUGGUCCCACAAGCUGAUGCCAAGGGCCCCCUACAGACUCAGGGAGGCCCGGGCAUCCACGUGUGUCCCAGGCGCCCCCACGUUCUGGUACCUGGUGGGUUUGGAAGUCGCUGGUGGAGAAGAGCCAGAGGCCCGGCUGGGGCUCAAGGGUGCUGGGCUCGGCUUCUCUUUGGCUCCUAAAGGAGCACCGGGCAUCUAAGGUGAAUGCAGUGGACAGAAGCUUUCAUGACCCUGCACGGGUUGGGGCUGGGGGGUGGGGGGAGUUGGCAGGGGGACGGGGCGAGAGGAACAGGAAAACAGGAGUCUGAAACUUGGUGCAGGACGUGUGGUCCAGAUGGCAGCCGCCCGGGGGUCUUCUGCCAGAGGAGGGUGGUUGUGGGGAGGGGGUUCCGUGGCGGGAGGCAGGUGGAGGCUGGCGUCUGGCUGGGCCACCAGGUGUUUCCUGCAACCCAGCCCCGACACCAGCCCAUCGGGUCUUCCUGCUCCGGAGACAACCAGAGCUCCGAAAGCCGCUGGCUCCCCUGCCCAGCCCCCUCCCCAGACGCCAGGGGUGGGGGCGGGGGCACACAGGCAGGCCCCAUCUCACAGCCGGUCCCUGUAAAAACCGAGGGUGGGGACAGGGAAGCAAAGCUGUUUAUAAAGCUUUAAAACCAUUUAUGGUCCCGAGGGCCAGAUGAACAAUUCAGCGCGAUCCCGGCCAAACCGUCUCGGCCGGCAGGGUGGUGAAGACUUCAGCGGAGGAAGUCCACCAGGCCGGCCCUGGGUCUGCCAGCGCCUCUCUGCUCCGCCUUUGCUUUGCUAGCCCCCACCCCCCGCCAUCCCCUUCCUCCGGCAGCCCAGCCAGCCCCUCCUUCCAGGGAGCCCCCUGGGGUCACCCCAGGGCAGGCCACCUGUCAACAGCCCUGACCCCCAGAGCCCUCUAUUGGUCUCCUGGGCCCUCAGCAUUGCCAUGCUCAGGACACAGGUGCCCAGGGGCCACCGGGGCAGCCCGAUCUCCUCUAGGCUCCCGGGGAAGCAUCACCCGAUGAGCCCACAGCUCUCUGUUCUGCCCGCCCUGGGGGAUGCCGUUUUGCUGUACGGUCCAGAUCGAUGGCUGACGCUGUUUUACCUUUGCAAUCCUCAGCGUCUGCCCUGCGUGUCCAUCACCCCAGCCCCCGGCAGGCUGGGCUGGUUAGAGACACAAACUUAGAUGUUUCACGUCCAGAGCUGCAGAAAUUGGCCUCUAAACCCGGGCAUACCCGCAUUACAGGAUAAGGAAACUGAGGCCCAGAGAGAGGCCUCUGACCCAGGGUGACCAGUAAGUACAUGGCAGGACUUUCCUCACUUGCCCCCACCCCCGUGUUGGGCAGGAUGAGGGCCUCUCGGGCUCGUCCCCAUGGUGUCGGAGAAGCGCGCGUCUGACAGCCCUUCUUCCACUGACGCACGUGUGAGGUCAUGGAUGAGCCACACCCGCUCCCCGUUGCCGGCCUCGGCCUCCCCAGCCUCCACCACUAAGUAGAGGAGUGGGACAUCCCAGCCCUGGCAUUCCCAGGAUUGAGAAAUUCAAGAAGACUUCCUGGAGGAGGUGGCAGCAUGCUCUGGGUCUUAGAAGGGCGUCCUGGGGAUGGACACCACCAGGACAGAGGGUGGCAGGAGGGUGGGCCCGAGGGAGGCCAUGUCCCUCAGAAGGGGUGUUUGGAGUUAGCUGUGGACGGAUGACAGGCGCGGGCUGAGGCAGACCCGCCAGCCGUGUGCGCGUCUGCUGGCCGGGCCUGGCCCCGGGACUGGCGCCCGCCGCGGGUGUUGCUGCCCUCGGCAUGCGUGUAUCUGCAGAGCGAGACGGAGACGCUCCAGCUGGACGUGGCCCUGGUGUUGGAGCCGUGGCUGCUGACAGCCCUGGGCGCCCGGCCUGGGUCGGCACC